AUGAUUUCCGGGAUGCGUCCAAAGCCCGGUCGCACUUCGGGGAGGCGGCUAGUGUUGGGAUUGAGGAUCCAGCGGUGCGGACUUCAUUAUGAUGGACGAAAUCGGGUUUCAAACUUUUGGAUUCCUAUAGCUGGUAAAGCUAAGAAGACGGGGAGCAAUGAGGAUGCCAACGACCUUCUGAUUCGAGGCGGAUUCCUUCGGCAGGCCUACUCUGGUGUCUUUCAUCUACUCCCUCUUGGGCUACGUGUGCAGGACAAGCUCGAAAGUCUUAUUGACAAACAUAUGCGUGGAUUGGGAGCAUCCAAGGUCUCUUUAUCUUCAAUUUCAUCGCAGGAGUUGUGGGAGAAGUCCGGCCGACUCACCGAAGGCUCCGAGGUUUUCAGAUUUCACGAUAGAAAAGACACUCGUUUUCUUCUCGCUCCUACUCACGAAGAAGAGAUCACUAGUCUCGUUGGAAGUCUCACCACUUCAUACAAAAGCCUUCCUUUGCGGGUGUAUCAAAUAACAAGAAAGUAUCGCGAUGAGCCUCGACCGCGACAAGGCCUUCUCCGUGGCCGUGAGUUUGUCAUGAAGGACCUCUAUACAUUUGACUAUAACGUUGAGGAAGCCCUCAAGACCUACAAGUCGGUAAAACAUGCCUACACUCAGCUAUUUGAUGAGCUCAAGAUCCCCUAUCUCGUUGCCGCAGCAGAUUCUGGAAAUAUGGGCGGUAGUCUCAGCCAUGAGUUUCAUUUUGUCAGCAACAAGGGUGAAGACCGCGUCGUGAGCUGCUCAAGUUGUGAUCAUGUGUAUAAUGAGGAGCUUGCAGAUGGCCAGACCCACAACUUCAACGAGUCUACAAGCCAAAGCGCUGCCCCAGGCUUCCAAACAGAAGACGCGCCGGCGGAAGGCGGCGCAACGAUAUCCAAUGGCAUGUGGAUGGCCAUUUCGCACGAUGGCAGUACCCUUCUCCGGGGUUGGUACCCCAAGUACUCUAUGCAGAAUGACACGACGGAACCUGUCGAAAGACAGGUCAACUCGCACGCUGUUAAGGCAAUUGCCACCGCAGCUGGCGUUGACCUUGACUUGAGUGUUGAGAACCCGUUGGCAAAAUGGACUGCAUUUGUUAAAUCGGGUGCUUCUGUGCAAAAGCCCCAUGUGUUGGAUCUCUAUGACUCCCAAGUACGAGUCUACCAGCGUCCUCCGUUGAGCGAUCUGCUUCAGCAAGCCAGUUGCACUGCUGAAGACAUCAAGUACUCGAUGCUGGAUCGGUUUCCUGGGACGGAGAACAAGCUCAGCCUUGUGCGCGUCCACGACGGAGACCGCUGCUCACAAUGCGCAGACGGGCAUUUGACAAGUAAUCCCGCUGUUGAAUUGGGCCAUACUUUUCACUUGGGCACGCGGUACAGUGAAGUACUCAAUGCUUCGGUGUCCGUCAGCCCUACAGCGCUGAACGGAUCUUCUACCACAGACGUGCAAUCGACCAAAGAACAAAUAGUGCCGAUGCAAAUGGGCUGCCACGGCAUUGGCGUCUCUCGCUUGGUCUCGGCUGUAGCUCAUCGUCUCUCCGACUCGAGGGGCCUGAAUUGGCCUCGCGCAAUUGCUCCCUAUGAAGUGCUCGUCGUUGCUGGCAAGGGAAUGGACUCUGUUGCAGAGCAGGUCUACGAUAAUCUCACAUCUAAUCCCAAGCCUAUGGACACCCUUUUGGAUGACCGUGAUAAGGGAAUGGGGUGGAAAUUAGGUGACGCAGACCUGAUUGGGUAUCCGGUUAUCGUGGUUGUUGGUAAUGGCUGGAAGAGCAAGCAGACUCUUGAAGUUCAGUGUCGACGUCUGGAUGUGUGCCAGGACGUGUCUUUGGAACAGUUAGCAUCGUUUGUUGAGGGUCUUCUCUCACAGCUGCAGGUUACAAGACAAGAGCGGGACAUAAUACUCUCCACACAACUGCCACGCCCUUCCACCCGACACUUUUCCAAGCUCAUCCCACCCCACCUACGCCAUAUCGCGAGUCCUGCAGAGUCGACAUCAAUCUACCUCUCAACUCUUCACCUGAAGGCCCUCCACCCAUAUAUCAGCAUAAUGGCCGAUUCGUCAAGCUCCGGCGGAGCUCCUCCGGGCACUGUCAACUUGGCCACGCUCUCCGUUCCUCAACUCCGCUCUCUGCAGACUCGUCUCACCUCCGAAUUCCGCGACUGUGUGCGCUCGAUUACCGACGGCGUCGUUGGGUCCAAGGCGAAGGGCACCGAGGGCCGUAGUGAGGUGCUGGUCCCUCUGACAAGCUCGCUGUACGUUAAAGGUCGGUUGACGGAUCGGGAAAAGGUCCUUGUUGACGUGGGGACGGGAUUCUAUGUUGAGAAGACUCACGGUAAGGCGGUUGCUUUCUAUGAUGACAAGGUCAAGGCCUUGGAUACCAACCUGCAGGAUCUGGAGAAGGUUGUUUCAAGUAAGAGCCAGCAAUUGCGGGUUGUGGAAGAAGUCCUUAGACAGAAGAUGCUUGCUGGCGAAGGUGCGCCGGCUCAGGCUGCCACGGCAUGA